GAGUUCAGUGAAAUUUGUUAUCAUUAAAGCAGGUUUGGCAGAGUUACGAAAUUUAAAACUUCUAAAAGUUUCAAUCUUAGAGUAUGGAAGCUACCCCGCCCAUCCAUGUGUAUAGCCACUGCCAUGAAGCCUCGGACUUACUGGUGGGCAUUAAACCAAUCCUUAGCAACUGUUCCACCUACGAGACUAAAUCAGCCAAUCAAAUUCCUGACUUGGGUAACAAGACGCUCUCGCAGGCCAAGGAGCUAGAGCUGCUCAACUACUACAUCAAUGGCGCUAUAACCAUAAUUGUUAUCAUCCUGGGCGUAAUCAGCAACCUGCUGAGUAUUGCUGUUCUCACCCGUCGCACCAUGAGAUCUUCUACCAACUGUUACCUUACUGCCAUCGCAAUCUGGGACUCUGUCGUUCUUCUCAUCACCUUGUUUCUGGUCAGCUUCCAGCAAAUCUCUGAGGAAUUCAAAGAGGCAGUUCACCCAUACAUAGUUGUGUAUGUUUACCCCCUGGCUUUAGUAGCCCAAACUGCUACUAUAUGGUUGACGGUUUCGUUCACAGUUGAACGCUACAUCGCCGUCUGUCAUCCGCUGAGAGCAGCCUCUAUGUGCACUGUGUUACGAGCAAGAAUAGUUAUACUUAGUGUGACGAUGAGUGCUUUUCUAUACAAUCUUAUCCGAUGGUUUGACUAUAGAAUUGUGACUACGGUGGACUUGGACACAAACAGAACGACGACAAUUUUUGUGCCCACGGAAUUCGGUAAGAACGAGACGUACCACCAGGUAUACUUCCUCUGGCUUUACCUCCUGAUCAUGGGAAUUAUUCCCCUUGUCUCACUUGCUAUUCUUAACACGUUCCUCAUCUUGGCCGUGCGCCAGUCCCGACAGCAACGUCGCGACAUGAACGUCCGUCAGUCGCGCGAAAACAAUGUGACCAUCAUGCUCGUCUCUGUGGUCAUUGUGUUCAUUGUAUGUCAAGUGCCUGCCGUUGUUUACAACAUGGCCUAUGCUAUUGACACCGUCAAAAUCAAUAGUCAGUUUUCAUGGAAUGUCAUUUCCACACUUAGGAAUUUUUUAGUGGAGCUGAACAGUGCUGUCAAUUUUAUACUCUACUGUGCUUUUGGCCAGAAAUUCCGUCGUACAUUCAUGAGAACUUUUUGUCAGCAUUUUCUGUCCGAUGAGGAAUUUAACUCCCUUACAUAUCCCGCCACUCAUUCGGUGAUGGGCGCCACCUACCAGUCAACUGUAGGAAGAUGUCAGAAGAUUCGGCGAAUUGGCGGCAAAAAGAAGGGGUGUGACGUGUAUGACAUGACGUCAUCCACAGCUGUCACUCACACCACAAUCAUCUCCCGAUGUUCCCCCCAUUCCUCCAUUGACUCCAUCUCGCCAAUCCACAAACCUGUUGUGACUUACAGCGAAAACGCCACUCAGCGAAAAAAGACCAAGUUGGACGAGUCCAAAAAACUACUGCUGUCAAAACACUGCCCUUCCUCCAAAACUGACAUCAUGGAUACUGAAAUUAAUGAUGUGACUGAGAGAAUGUUACCUGAAAACAACAGAGCUCCAAAUGGACACAAAACUAACAAGCUAGCUUCAUCGACAAACCUAAAUAUUUGUAAUAAUCUGGAAUGUUUUGGGCUCUCCAUCAAACACUCCCUCAUCAAUAAUAAAUGGGAACGGCACAGAAACUUGAGUGAGCUGUGCAGCAAAUCUCAUCAAGAUGUCACUUCUGAUCCAGGUUGCCUUAGAGAUAACAAAUAUGAAGAAUGA